GGAAACAGAGAGAGAGAGCGUAAAACGCGCCUAACUGGUUCUGGCCGACACUCCUCUAGGGACCAAAUUGCAAUCGACUUCGUUAGCCUUUAACUGAGCGAUGUCCAGCACGGUGGAGAAAAUCUCAGGGGAGCUUCAUAUGAGGCCAGAGCUCCGCAAAUCCUUCAACCUCCUGAAGACCCAUGCGUCCAAAGUUGCCAAUUUUACCCUCCAAUGGCAGGACCUCGAGGAACACUUCCUCUCCAUCGACAAUUCCAUCCAAUCCAAACUCGACCAACUCCAAAAACAACAAUCCAAAGAGACCCAUCUCACUCCCACUCUGCAAUCACAACCCAGUUUCAAAGAAACCGAAUUGGAUUUCCACGACAAUUCUAAAGAAACCGAAUUCAAUCCAACUGACCCCCAACCGAGUUCCCGAGCCGAUAUUAAAGAUACCCAACUCACUGCAACCCUCCAAUCCUUGAAAACCCAAUUCAAUUUCGUCGAAACCCAAGUAAAAACCGGAGAGUCUUUGCCAGAAAGUUCGAGUUGCAAUGGUGUCCCAAUACAUGAUGGCAAGGCAUUGCUGUUGUAUUUGAUUGAGCAUUUGAAAGAAAGGGAUUCGGUGCGUGACCUCAUCGCAAAUGCGCUUAAGGUUUCGGUGGACGCUGCGAAGCUCGUGCUCGAGGCAGUAAGAUGGUUUUAUCCAUCGGAGUCAACUGAGGGAGAUGGGGACCUUGAACUCACUGUUGUUAGGAAAAGUUGUGUGCUUUUGUUAGAAGAGCUGAUGAAAGUGAGACCUGUGAUAAAACCUGAAAUUAGUCAAGAGGCAAUGAAGCUUGCAUUGGUUUGGAAGGCAAAGGUGAGAGGUCAAACGACGAACUCUCUGGAGGUUUGGGGUUAUUUGCAGCUUUUGGGUGCUUUUGGGUUGGUUGGUGAGUUUGACAGUGAUGAGACUCUGAAGCUUGUUGGUUGCAUAGCAGAGCGUAAAUGGGCACCGGAGUUAUUUAGGUCCCUUGGUUUUGCCAAUAGAGCCUCUGAUUUUAUUCAAAAGCUUGUAUCAGAGAACAAGCGACUUGAUGCUAUUAGAUUCAUUCAUGCAUUUGAACAGCUUGACAAGUUCUCCCCUGUACCCCUGCUUAAAGAACAUUUGAAGUUCGCCAAAAAGGAUGUGAGUUGCAAGAGGGGGCAAGAUCGUCUUAGUGCACAGGAUGAGGCCAGAGAGAAAGAAAUAGUCGCCCUAAGAGGCAUAAUACGAUGCAUUGAUGACUACAAGCUUCGCGUUGAACCACAAUAUUCUCCUGAAACCCUCAGAAAACGCAUCACACAGUUGAGAAGGCAGAGAAAAGAGAGGAAAGCAACUCUAACAGCUCCUGGCCGCGAGGCUCAGGUGCAACACCUGAGUGGAAAGAAACGUACUGCCCCUGAUUCAAAGACUCAACCAAAUAAGCAGAGCAGAAAUAAGCAUCAGCGGACAGCCCCAGCUUCAGCUGCUCGAAAUGCUUCUUUUAGAGAACCAGCCACAGUACAUUCUAUACAGCCAUCCUAUCUUCGGCAAGUAGGCUUGUUUGAGAGUCGAGGUACAGAAUACUUUUUAACAUCAGCUGGAAUGCCUGGACAAGCAACCACUCCUCCCAAUACUUCAUAUGGAACCACUUCCGUCUUUAACUCACUGCGAGCAUCUCAUCAUCAGCAAGGAGGCUCAUUCUUAGGUCAAGGUGCAGAAUACUCUUCUGGAUACUAUGAUUCGGCACACUACGCUCCUGAUACUCAUAAUAACUUAUCCGCUCGAUCGUAUGGUUUGGUGGGUUCCUCUCCUGUUAUCCAUACCCAGCACUUGACAGCUCGAGACUAUGGGUUGAACUCAGCAAUUGCGUCCUAUGGACUGGAGGGCAGUAGUCAUGUGUCCUCACAUAUGAGUCCGUUAGCCACACGAUAUGGGACAAGCAUAGCUGCAAAUGGGAGGAGUGGGCAGUUUGGAUCAGCAGGAAGCCCUCCACCCGUUCGCAUUACAAAUGGGAGCCCAAAUAGUUCCAUCGCUUAUGUCUCUAGGGAUCCAGUGAGGAUGCCUAAUUACAAUGACCGGUCAGUGUCUUCCAGUAGUGGAUAUGGCACCCUGUCUCAGUGCCCGCCAUCUAUUUAUCACCUUUAGCACAAUCCUGGCGUUCCUGGUAAUUUAUGCUCAGUUGUUGGUAUUUCUGUUCUGUGUUAUGGUUAUGGGUUUGUGUUCGUGUUUUUCAACCAUUAGUAUAAGAGAACUGUAUUCAAUUAGAUUUUUUAGCUUUUCAAAGGGUGGUUUCGGGCGAGAGCAUAUUUAUAUCAGGGGUCGUUGCCUUACCCGCUGAAAAUUACAAGGCUGGUGUCUGCUCCAGAUUUGGAGCACGUUGAAAUUAAGAUCCUAUUACAAAGGUAAAGAUUAA